AUGGAGGGCACAUCGGUCGGUCAUCGGCUUCCUUGCUGCGAAACCAAUGAUUUGGCUCCAGUCUCCCAUAACUUGCACCUGGGUAUUUUGGUUCUGCGAGAUAUACCAGACGAAUGGAGCUGUAAUUUCCUUUUCUCCGAGCACAUCAAUCCGAACGACGGAUGGAUCAGACGCGCUGGACGAGCCGUGUCAGAUGUCAUGUGGAAUACAUUCCGAACGUCGCUGAAUAAACAGCCCUCGGGGAAGCUGGUUGGCCUCUCACGUCUUAUAUCCAGGAACAGCUCCGUGCCUCUUGUUGUGGAAGAGGAUCCUCAACGCUGGGUUCCGUCUUUUAGUGGAGAGAAUCUGCGCUGGGAGGCGCUCGGUAUUCUGUUUACUUACUGGGCGUUCGGGGCAAUAUCCUCGUCUCCGGAGAGCGAGGUCGUCUCGCGAUUCAAUAGCGAACAUUAUCCAGUUAGGGAUCUAAAACAACUCAUGGCGAUUGAAAGAGAGGGCCUCUUGGGGGUAUUUACUCGUAAUUGCCCGCAUGCAUUGUAUACAGAGUUAGCGACCUCGACGGAUUCAAUGUCCCUGGAGGCGAUCUCUACGCCCGUAUCCUUGUGCGAUUGGUUUCUUAUUGAAAGACUUUUGACCCGACGAAAGGUCGUCAAUGAGCAGAAUCUCGUUGGCACCAGUCGGGAAAUGCUGGGUCUGACUCUGACAUUCUGGAAGCACAAAGAUCGCUUUAACGGGCUACACAGUGACUUUGAAUGGCUGGCGAUGCCAUACGCUGUCCCUUCCGUGCAAUCCUUUGUCUCGAGCUCCUUCGUCAAGAAGGCAAUACAGAAACUUAUUCCAUCCGACUCCCGCGAUCCGAAAUCAUCCAGUAUCCUAGUUUGCUGA